AUGCAUCCUCCUCCUGAGAACGGCCCGGCCUCGCGCCUCGCGCAUCUGGGCCGGGCCCUGUGCGAGUGCGCGGCGGACGUGGACGCCGGGUCCAUGGAGAAGGCGGCCCGCUGCCUCUCGCGGGCCACGGGCCUCGCCGCCGCCGCGCGCGACGGCCCGCUCCCGCGCCUGGCCGUGCCCGUGGCCGACUGCCUGGCGCGCCGCCUGAUCCGCCCCAUGGUCCCGGCCGUCGCCGGCGCGCUCAUCGACCCCUCCGACCACCUUGACCGCCGCUGCGUCAGGGCCGCCCGCCGCAGCUUCUUUGAGCUCAGCCCGUUCCCCAAAGCGGCCGUCGCCGUCGGCAACCGAGUCAUCCUCGAGGCCAUGGAGAACGAAAAGAACGUCCACGUCAUCGACCUCGCCGGGCCUGCGGCGCAGCCAAGCCAGUGGAUCCAACUCUUGCGCGAAUUCCACAGCCGCCCGGAGGGCGCGCCGCACCUGCGCCUCACCAUCGUCCACGAUGACGGGGAGUUCCUCGCCAAGGUAUCAGAAUCGCUCACCGACGAAGCUGACGAACUCGACGUGCCGUUCCAGGUUCAUUGCAUCGCUGGCCAGAUCGAGACGCUGGAUCUCAACGACCUGCACGGCGUCCUCGGGCUGAAAUCCGGCGAGGCGCGCGCGAUCGUCUGCACGACGCGGCUGCACCGCCUCCUCGCCGCCGCCGAUGACGCCGCGAGUAGCAGCCUCGGCGCCGGGCACCAUUUCAACCAGAUGGCGAGCAUCGCGCGGCUGCAGCAGAUGGCGUCCGGCUCGUGCCCGCCGAGCAUCCGCGGCGCCGCUUGCGAAGGCGACGAGAGUUACAGCAGCCCGGCCACGCCUCUGGGUUUCAUCUCGCCGCCGCUAACCACCCCUCCGUUCCAGAUGCCGCCGGCGCUGGCGAGCUUCCUGUCCGCGGCGCGCGCGGCGUCGCCCAAGGUCGUGGUGCUCGCGGAGCAGGAGGCCGGCCACAACGGCGUCUCCUUCCGGAAGCGCUUCGCCGAGGCGCUGAGCUACUACGCCGCGGCCUACGACAGCCUGGACGCGGCGGCGGCGGCGUACCGGAGGCCCGCCGCCGAGCGCGCUGAGGUGGAGCGCGCGGUGCUGGGCGAGGAGAUCAGGGACGUGCUCCUGCGGGAGGGCGCUCGCCGGCGCGAGCGGCACGACCGGCUGCACCAGUGGGCUCUGCGCAUGGAGGUCGCCGGGUUCCGGAGCGUGCCGCUGAGCUAUGCGGCGUUGAGGCAGGGGGUCGACACGCUGAGGAGGUGUGGUGUGGGAGGAUGCGAGAGCAGAGAGCACGGGGGAUGCCUGCUCCUGUGCUGGAGGUCGUGGCCUCUCUACUCGGUUUCGGCAUGGCGGCCGGACAGAGGCUCGGCUUAUGGAGUCGGUAGCGAGGAGUUGUAUCUGUCACCGUCAGCACCGCCUGCACAUUGCUUUGAGGAGCUGAUGUGCUGA